AUGACCGAAAUGGUGGAGUUGCCAGCGGAGGGGAACUCCCUGAUAAGAGCUGUCUAUCAAAGCCGCCUUCGCCUCACCAGGCUGUUACUAGAGGGUGGUGCGUACAUCAACGAGAGCAAUGACAGAGGUGAAACCCCUUUGAUGAUUGCUUGUAGGACAAGACAUGUGGACUCCCAGAGUGUCAGCAAGGCAAAGAUGGUUAAAUACCUACUGGAAAACAAGGCUGAUCCAAACAUACAGGACAAAUCUGGAAAGACAGCUUUGAUGCACGCCUGUCUGGAAAAAGCAGGCCCUGAGGUGGUAGCUCUGCUGCUGGAAAGCGGAGCUGACCCAAGCCUGCAGGAUCACUCCAACUGUUCCGCACUUGUGUAUGCUGUAAACUCUGAAGACAAAGAGACCCUGAAAGUUCUUCUUAACGCCUGCAGGGCACGAGGAAAAGAAGUCAUCAUCAUCACCACGGACAAGUCCCCUUCGGGGAGGCAGAAAACGAGGCAGUACCUAAACGUGCCUCCUGCAGACCUGGAGGAAUGCCAUUCCACAACUGCUUGCACUUCCCCAUCAGAAAUAGAACUGAAAACCGCUCCGUCCCCAGGUUCCAAGGAAAGUAAACAAGCCCUGUUCAGCUUUAAAGAGCUGGUUCAUCCACAAAGUGUGGACAACUCAUCUCGAACAGUUUCACCAACGAGAAGAUCCAUCUCAACAAAAGUAGGGUCCAAGCUGGCACAAGUGCAGCGGCUCCAGUCUGAGCCUUGGAUAAAGAGCUCUCUGCCACUGUUUCACCAGAAUAACACUGCCUUUUCACAAGAAGAACUUCAGGAUAUUACUCCAGAAGAAGAGCUGUCUUUUAAAAUCAACAGCCUUGCCUUAUCAAGGAGAUUCAUCACCAGGCACCAAAGUAUUGACAUAAAAGACACUGCUCAUUUUUUGAAAACCUUUGAUCAAACAGGAUCAAGGAAAUUAUCAUAUGAUGAGAUAAAUUCUCAGACUCCUUAUGUUGAAGAGAAAGAUAACCCCAGUGGGAUUCCUAUGGGUAAGGAUGCUAGUUCGGGACAAAUCUGCUUUAUUUCAAACCUCGGCAGUAUUAUCCAGAAAAGAAACUUGGGAGCAAAUCACUACAGCUCUGAUUCUCAGUUAACUACUACUCUGAGUCCUGCUGCUGCAGAAGACAGUAAGUCAGCGAUAGGGAAGAAGAUCCUUUCUCCAUCUCAUUCUUUGUUAUCAAGUUCUAGAGAAGUACUGGAAAACAUGCCUCCAGUUACUCUGAGCAGGAGAAAUCCAGCUUUUCUAGAAAGACGGGGUUCAGGAACCUUGUUGUUGGACCACAUCGCUCAGACAAGACCAGGUUUUCUUCCACCACUGAAUGUGAAUCCCCACCCCCCAGUUCCAGAUGCUACUUUCAUAAACAGGGUUUCUGGGAUGAUUUCUUGUGGACAAAACCACUUAUUACCAGCAGCACCUGCUUUCCCCAGGGAGACCAAAAACAUGAGAAUGCUACUAAGGAGGCAGUCAUUACAGACUGAGCAGAUUAAGCAGCUGGUAAAUUUUUAA